AUUUGUUUUAGUGGCUUGUGUACAGAUAGCCUCAUCUUUAGAUAGCAAGGGAAACCUUUAGAACACUCUAUUACAAGAAAAAAAGAAUGUUUGCAGAGACUCUGACCUUUCAGAUCUCUUUUCUGUAUUAUAAAACCCUACAAGAAUUAAAGUUCUGUAAAGUAUUAAUCAAUAACAACAUAUCUGAAUUGUAGCUAGCAAGAUAUAUUCAUUUAGUCACCAAUAAGGCCAAAGUUCUGUACAUGUUCAAUGAAAUCGUAAAAACCCAGUUUACUUGUGGCCACAAUGAUAAAAUUUAGGCCCUGGUACGCACUUUUGACAAAUUAGGAAUUCAACUUCUGACAAAUGAUGAAAAUGUGGGUCGCUAGAGUAUAGUCGUGCCAAAUUUUAAUUACCUUAAAUUAAGUUAACUCUAAUUAUAGAAUGAAUGUAAAAUAAGCGACUUUUUUUAAGAGUUCAGAACAUACGGCUUUUGAGUUUUUAACUUUAAUCGGUUCAGCAAGUUCGACGACGACCUAAAGUUUAUCUUCAUAGGAAGUUGUUGCCUUGGCGAUUACUAGAGCGACUAACAAACUCUCCAUCAAAACGAGAUUUACCAAUAAAGCUAAAGAAGGCAAACAGAAAUAUUGUUCGGUACCACUUGCCAAGGUCAACGAUUGUCAUGCAAAUGGUGAAACUGUAAACAAAUGUUGGGACGCUGUAGUUUCAUGGCAACAGUCUUUAAGUUAAUGUUUAUUCGAUAAUGGCAUGCUUUGUGGGAAUCUUGAAGAGGCUAUCAUUUCAGAAUACUAGGAGAUGGUGAUGAAAGUUGUAUCUAAGAAGUGAUUUCAAAAUGGAUGGCGUUGUCCAUCAAGGAUCAAAUAAUGUAUAUGAAUCAUUGGAAGAAGAGGAAGAUGAUGAAUCUGAAGAUAGUGAAUCUGACAAUGCAGUUCCUUUAACUGGCAAAAGCUCUAUAACAAGCCAGGUCUCUUCAACCCAGUCAGGCAUUAGAGUGAAAUCUGGUUCAAAGAAAAAGAAACCAACAAAAAAGAAAAGAUCUCGCAUUCUUGCUAAUUUGGCAGCCACAAAGUUUUCAAUUGUAAGAAAAGUUUGUAGUGACUUGGGAAUGAAGGUUAUUGAUACAGAUAGCCCAGAUUGUAUGCUCAUCUGGAGUGAUUCUCCUGUCACAGUUGAUAGGAUUGUGGACCUCAAACUUUUUCAGAAAAUAAACCACUUUCCUGGUAUGUGUGAAAUCUCACGUAAAGACACAUUGGCUAGAAACAUGUCAAAAAUGCAAAAAGACUGCCCAGAUGAAUUCAACUUUGUACCUCAAACUUGGAACUUUCCUGGAGAAUAUACCGCCUUCCAGUCUUAUCUCAGGGACCUGAAAAAGAGAAAGAAACACAAAACAUUUAUCAUCAAGCCUGCAAAUGGUGCUAUGGGAAAUGGUAUCAAACUUACACGAAGUGCUGAUAAACUGCUUCCACACAGUCAUGAGAAUAUAAUUGUUCAAGAAUACAUUGAAAAGCCCCUACUGAUGGAUAACUUCAAGUUUGAUCUUCGAAUCUACGUUUUGGUGCUUUCCUGUGACCCACUCAAGCUUUUCAUAUAUGACGAUGGAUUAGUUCGAAUGAGCACAGUGGAAUACUCGGCUCCAACUGAUGCAAACAUUACUUGCCAAUUUAUGCAUCUAACGAACUAUUCUGUGAAUAAAUACAGUGAUGCCUUCGUCAAAACAUCAACUGAAGACCAAGGUUCAAAAAGGACGUUGAAAUUCUUCUUUGAAUGGUUGAAAGAGCAAGACAAGAAUCCUGACCUUGUUUGGUCCAGUAUACAGGAUGUCGUCGUAAAAACGUUGCUGGUGGCUGAACCCCAUGUUUAUCGUGCCUACCAUGUCUCAAGACCAAGCGAUCCCGGAGGAAGUGAAAGCGUUUGCUUUGAAAUUCUGGGAUUUGAUAUUCUCAUAGACAAAAAGCUAAAACCGUGGGUCCUGGAGGUUAACAGAGCGCCAAGUUUCGGUACCGACCAGCCUUUGGAUUAUGCUAUCAAGCGAAAUAUGCUUCGAGAUGCUUUCAAACUGGUGAAUAUAAGGUUAAGCGACAGGCGAAGAGGCAUUGCUCAAGAAAAAAGAGAAGCUCGCAAACGCCUUCUUAGGCCAGUCAAAAGAAGUGAAAGUUCUUCGAAAGAAGAUCGAAGGAAACAGAUAAUAGAACAAAAACGCAGUGAGCUGAAAGUCAGACUUGCCGAACUCCGUCGGGAUGCUGCCAAGGAAGAUUACGAAAAUCGUCACAUGGGGAAUUUUAUACGAAUUUAUCCAUCAAACGACAACGUCAAGAAUACGAGGUACAAAAAGUUAGCAGAAGCCGCCGCAAAAGUAUUUACAGGUCGACCUUACUUGCAAAAGGAGGCUGCAAGACAGUUUCAUUCUCUAAAGGAAGAAGAAGUUAUUGAGCUGUUAGAGCAGGCAGAAGAUGACGAUGAAAGGCUGCUUCUCAAUGACCUCGACGAAAUCUCCGUCAAGCCGCCAAAGCCUUUGAUGUCAAUGCCUUCAGCAAAGCCUCCUGCACGGAGUGAAAGUGUCUCAGACCUGCAAAGCAAGCCGCAAGUUAAGCGACCGUACUCGUCCACAAGCGACCGCAUUCGGUGCGGACAGAUUCAUGCACUCGCAAAGCAUAAAGGGAUUAGUAAAUCGAUGUCGUCAUUGUCCCUGGAGGCGCAGAAACAAGAGGAUCAGUCUUCAGCCAACUGUUUUUGUGGUGAUGCCAAUGAACUUACAAGAGAAAGCUUGCAUGCCCUUAACAAUAUGAAGAUAAAGUUUCCCGGAAAGUCGAAUGAGGAGGCAUCCAGGCUGCUUGAUAGUAUAAUGGAAAACUGGAAAUACCACAAACCAAAAGUUGCGUCAUAUUGGCUAGUGAAACUUGAUUCCGUCAAGCGCAAAAAGGUCAUCGAUAUUGUCAAAGGAAAUGUCCGUGCUAUAAUACAAAGAAUUUGGAGGGUCCCAGAUGUCGAUUCCUUGCGCCUUUGUCGAAUGUUCAACAAAAUAAUGAACAGGCUGCUUGCCAAUCAUGGACAAGGGUUAUGGAAUUGUUUUAACACCAAUGGGGACUCUUGGGAAAGUGUAAUAAACAAGGGAACAGAGAGUGUAACAACGCUUGAAAUGAACUGUUGCCGAAGGGUGGUGCAACUAUGUAGAGAAUGCCUCUUGGUCGUAUACGAAUUCGCAUCUCAAGCAGAAGCAUCUCAAACGAGUUUUCAACAAAAUUCCGCAUCUUUUAACCCAACAGAGUCGUUUCACAGCAAGCCAAUGCAUCAUAUCAGCAGCCGAUUUUCCGCAGGCCAGCAGUUCUCUGGCCAAAGGUAUAGUAGAACUGUUCAAAAAAUAGACCAUAGAUAGAGGGAGAGAUCUUUAUCAGCUAAUAAAUUACUUUUUUAUUGCUAUUAUAUAUUUUAUUAGGGUUCGUAACUUUAAAGUAAAAGAGGGGAAAACAAUUCUAAUAUAGAAUUUAAUAGAUAUAUUUUUAACCUAUUCUCGUCGCUAAAUGUUUCUGAACGUUUUAAGGUUUAUGAACUUAAGGUUUAAGGUUUAGCUUUCAAUUUUGCUGAAAUGUUCGCAUAUUUUUAUUCCAAUUUCAAGACCAAAACGAUUACAAUUAAUCGAUAGCAACAAUUGAAUAAUUUUGUAGUUUUUAACCUGUUUAAAAUUUGCCAUUAUUUUUAUCAUUACCCUGCAACAUGUUUCUAGUACAGAAGUUUUUCUAGAAACUUGAACUUUCUUGAUGACCGCAUAUGAUAUAUUUUUUUCGAAUUCUAAGCUCUUCACUAAAUGAUUUAUUAAGUGACUUGCUUCUUUAUUUCAAACGAAUCAUUUGAAAAUAAAUAAUUAUUCCACCUGUACAAAAAGAUAACCAGCAUCAAUUGGGUUUGUCCAACCCCCUUUAUUAUUUCUCUUUGCCUCAGCCCUUCUGAGAAAUCCAUCCAUCCAUGGUUAUUAGUCAUUUUGUAGCACCUGCUCAAUAACAAUGCUGAAACAGGUUGCAAAUUCACAUCCCAAAAUCGAGAAACCUUUGAGAACAUAUUCUCCUAUUGCCUUCUACUUCGAUUUAGCUGUGAGCUUUAUAGUUUGAUUCAAUACGUCUUAUGGGUUAUGUGACAAUGAAUUUUCGUCCCUAUUUGUUUGAUCAUUACCAAUCACGCUGUAAAAUUUUUUCUCGAUCUUUUUGAUGCAUAACCGUUCAUUCAAAUAUCGUUUUUGAAACUACUAACAGAUACACUGUAAAUCUAGUAAUUGAUAAUAUUUUGUUAAUAAAGUGAAUCGAUGUA